AUGCAACAUUACAUCUCUCACUUCGACGGCAUCGACGGCCUCAAGAAAGAAGAUGUCCUCGUCCAGAUCCUGAUCAAGGGAGAAUACAACCACCACCGCGCAAUCAAGCAAGUGCCAAGCGUUAUACCCUGUUCGGACAUGUGCGGCAUCAUUCAAAGCAUCGGAGAAAAUGUUACCAAAUGGAACAUCGGAGACCGCGUUCUUUGCUUAUUCGUCCCGGACCACAAGACAGGCCAACUGACUGAGAGUGCGCUUGCUACCAGUUUGGGCCUCCCUCAGCAAGGUGUUCUAGCAACGCAUCGUGUGUUCGCGGAGGAUGCCUUAAUCGAGGCACCCAGGCACAUGAGUGAUGAGGAGGCAUGCACGCUGUCAAUCGCGAGCGUUACGGCGUGGAUGGCGAUCAAUGGGACGCGACCGUUGGGACAGAAUGGGGGUCGGGGAGAGUACAUUCUUCUUCAGGGAACCGGGGGUGUUAGUAUCGCUGGAUUGCAAAUCGCGAAGGCGUCUGGAGCGAAGGUCAUAAUUACUUCCUCAUCUGAUGAAAAACUAGCCAGGGCUAAGGACCUCGGGGCAGACUUUGGUAUAAAUUAUCGUCAAACGCCGGAAUGGGCUAAUGAGGUUAUGGAGAUCACGAACGGACAUGGCGCGGAUAUUAUUCUUGAAACGGGUGGGUCGCAGACGAUGGAUCAGAGCUUUGCGUGUGCUGCGUACGGUGGGCUGAUUAACUGCAUUGAGUAUACUUCUGGGAAGACUCAAGCUUCUGGAGAGCAGAAGAAUGUUAAUCUUCUCACCCUGAGUCGCAGCUUGACUUUGAAGGGAUUUGUUAAUGGACCAACUGAUCGAUUCGAGGAGUUGAUCAAUUUUGAUGAGAGACACGGGAUUCAUCCUGUCGUCUGCAAGGUGUUCCCAUUCAGCCAGGCGAGAGAUGCUUUCAAGUAUCUGGAAAGCGGCUCGCAUUUUGGAAAGGUUGUCAUUCGAGUUUAG